GGCCCGGAGCGGCACGGCUCGGACCGGCGGGGGAUGGAGCUCCGGGGGUACCAGCGGGAGGCGGCGGCCCCGGCCCUGCGUGGCCGCAACAGCAUCGUUUGGCUGCCCACGGGCGCCGGGAAGACCCGCGUUGCAGUCCACGUCUGCCGGCGGCACCUGGAGAGCCGGCGGGGCGGCAAGGUGGCCGUGCUGGUCAACAAGGUGCACCUGGUGGAUCAGCACGUCGAGAAGGAGUUCCACACACUGCAGGACACCUUCAAGGUAACGUCCAUCAGCGGGGACACCACCCACAAGGUCUUCUUUGCCUACCUGGUGAAGAAGAGUGACGUUGUCAUCUGCACAGCCCAGAUCCUGCAGAAUGCACUGGUCAGCACUGAAGAGGACAUGCAGGUGGACCUGACAGAUUUCUCACUGCUGGUGAUAGACGAGUGCCAUCACACGCACAAGGACUCUGUCUACAACAAGAUCAUGCUGAGAUAUCUCCAGGGCAAGCUCAGUGGGCAGCAGGACCUGCCACAAGUCCUGGGGCUGACAGCGUCCCCUGGCACUGGGGGGGCAACCUCCUUUGAGGGGGCUGUAGAGCACAUCCUGCAGAUCUGUGCCAACUUGGACACUGAGAAGAUCACGUCGGCACAGGAGGAGGUGCAGCAGCUGCAGAGCCACAUCCCACAACCCAGGAAGCAGUAUGACCUGUGCCAGGAGAGAACACAGGACCCCUUUGGCGACCGGCUGAAGAAAGUGAUGGAGCAGAUCCAUCAGUACAUGGAGAUGCUGCACUCAUCACAGGACUUCGGCACGCAGACUUACGAGCAGCGCAUUGUGGAGCUGGAGAAGAGAGCCUCGGAGAUGUUUUGCCGCAAGACUCGGGCGUGUGCCCUGCACCUGCGCAAGUACAACGACGCUCUGCUGAUCAACGACACCGUGCGGAUGGUCGACUCCUUCCAGUGCCUCCAGCAGUUCUACAGCACUGAGAGGGAUGUAAAGGACCCCACCGAACAGUUCCUCACCACCAUGUUUGAGGAGAACAGGGAGAUCCUGCAGGCGCUUGCCGGGGACCAGCGCUAUGAGAACCCCAUGCUGGGCAAGCUGGAGGAGAUCCUGCGGGAUCACUUCCAGCCCCUGGGUGCUUCUCGUGGCAUCGUCUUCACCAAGACACGGCAGAGUGCCCACAGUCUGCUCAGCUGGCUGCAGGGCACGGCCACGCUCCGUGGGCAACACAUCAGGGCUGCUGUCCUCACCGGCGCUGGCUACAGCAACCAGACCAGGCAUAUGACACAGAAUGAACAGCAAGAUGUGAUCAAGCAGUUCCGUGAGGGAGCCCUCAACCUGCUCUUCUCCACCAGCGUGGCCGAGGAGGGCCUGGACAUCCCUGAGUGCAACAUUGUGGUCCGCUAUGGGCUGAUGACUAACGAGAUUGCCAUGAUGCAGGCCCGAGGCCGUGCCCGUGCUGAGAACAGUGUCUAUUCCGUCCUCGCCAAAGCCAACAGCAAAGAAGUGUCCCGAGAGCUGCUCAACGAGGACCUGGUGAAGCUCAUGGAGAGGGCAAUCCAGGCAGUGCAAGCCAUGCCCGAGCAGGAGUACCGCCAAAAGCCCUGCACUGACCCCUGUCGUCCCUGCCCUCUGCAGAUCCAGGAGCUGCAGCGGGUGGCCGUAGCCACCUGCCUGAUGAAGGAGGCCAGGAUCAGGGAGCGGCAGCAGCUGCACGACCCGGACACUGUUUACCUGCACUGUGUCAGCUGUGGCACAGCCGUGUGCCGCGGCAGCGACAUCCGCACCGUGGAGGGCAUACACCACGUCAACGUCAACCCCAACUUCGGGUUGUAUUACAGAGUUUCCUCUGGGAAAAUACAGUUCCAGCGGACUUUUAAGGACUGGGAGCCCGGCUGCCGUAUCUCCUGCAGUGAGUGCAGCCAGGACUGGGGGAUGGAGAUGCUGUACCGCCAGGUGAAGCUGCCCAUCCUCUCCAUCAAAAACUUCGUGGUGAAGACACCGGCAGAGAAGAGGAGGUACAAGAAGUGGAGCACAGUGACAUUCCCCAUCAAGGAGUUUGACUACCUGGAGUACUGCUCUGACACCCAGGGCCUGUCCUUCUAGCAAAGGCUCUGUCCAGAAGAGGACUAUUCACAGGGCACCUUCAGGGACAGUGGAACCCUUGGACAGAGAGCCAUGGCUCAUUCCUCUCUUCCUUGCUGGUCCAAGCUGCUGCAGCACAUGCCUCACUGGAGCCUGUGCCUACGUAAGGAGCUUUGCUGCACCCACACAGAAAUGAUGAGACACUGGGAUAGAAAACCACCUGAACCCUUCACUGUUCCCCAUGCUCCUGCCUUCCCCUCCUGCCCCCCGCACUGCAGACUCAGGGGGAUCUCUGCAACCCUGCCAGGAUUACCAGCCCUUUCCUCUGGGCCCAGGACAUGGCUCAGUGCUUCUCUGCUCUGAUUUGUGAAUUUGGUGGGUCUCCAUUAAAAACACUGGACUGAA